AUGAAGCUUCUUGGCCAAAUGGUUUUCCUGCUGCUGCUCGGGGGAGUCUUCUGCCAGAACCAACGUAAUGGUAAAAGCAGCGGAAAGUCCAGCAGGAAGUCUCCUGGGAACCAAGGAGGAGCAGCUGCCCAGGCUCCCACUGAAGUAGGCUCUCAGAGGAACACGGGAAACGUGGCGAAAACCAGAGGCGGCAGCCUGGUAGAUACAGGACGAGGAGAUGCAGCUGGAACAUCUCGAAGGCAAACGGAUGAUAUGAAGCUCCACUUCCUCAGGAAUACAAAGGUCACAUGCAAUGAUGGGACAGCGGCUGGGUUUUACCUGAAGGAAGUGAAAGGGAGCCGCCGGUGGCUGUUGUUUUUGGAGGGUGGCUGGUGCUGCUACAGCCAAGACACCUGUGCUUCCAGAUUCCAAAAUAUCCCUCGCCUGAUGAGCUCAUCGGGAUGGCCACAAACAAAAAAAGGUACUGGAAUACUGUCAUCCAACGUUGAAGAGAACCCGCACUGGCAUAACGCAAACAUUGUAUUCAUCCCGUACUGCUCCAGUGAUGUGUGGAGCGGCACUGGUCCAGGACCCGCCUCUCCUCUGAGACAACGGCAAGCAAAAGAUAAAGAGAGGAGCACAAACGCAACUGACUACGUAUUCAUGGGAUCCUUCAUCAUUCGAGAGGUGGUCAAGGAUCUCAUUCCGAAGGGAAUUAAACAGGCCAAGGUGGUCAUGCUGGCCGGCACAAGUGCUGGUGGUACUGGUGUUUUGUUGAACAUUGAGAAAGUCGCCUAUCAGUUGGCCCAGCUUGGCGCCGAGGCUCAGGUCCGAGGUCUGGUGGACUCUGGCUGGUUUCUUGAAAGUAAACAAGAGAGGCCACCCAACUGUCCGGAGACGAUUUCGUGCUCUCCUGAAGAUGCUAUCAAGAUGGGACUGAGGUUGUGGAACGGCGUUGUUCCUGACAGAUGUCGGCAGCUUUAUAAGAGAGGAGAGGAGUGGCAGUGCUUCUUUGGACACAAGCUGUACUCCUCUCUGACCACUCCAUUGUUUGUUGUGCAUUGGCUUUUUGAUGAGGAGCAGCUCCGAAUGGAGAACAUAUAUGUGGGUGGACAGACUCUGUCUGAUGCGCAGUGGCAGUUCAUUCAGAACCUUGGCACUGAGCUCAAGAACUCCCUCACAGAUGUCACUGCCGUGUUUGCGCCAUCUUGCCUCUCGCACGUGCUGAUCACCAAGAGUAACUGGAUGAGCUUCCAAGUAAAAGGUACAUCUCUUCCCCGCGCUUUGCAAUGCUGGGACAGAAGUCUGGAGGCGACCCGCAACAACAAAACCCCUGCCAAAGGCUGCCCGUUCCACUUGGUUGACACAUGCCAGUGGCCUCAGUGCAACCCCACCUGCCCAGCUUUGGUUGACCAGGCCACCGGGCAGGAGCUCACCCUGCUCCAGAUGCUGGCAGCCAUGGGCCUCGACCUGCAAAGACUGGGUCUGGAGGAUCCGCACAGCGAGGCAGUCACUGUGGUCAGCAAUGGUGGCUAA